ACUAACUCCACGGCCUCCAGCCUGUCCUGCCCCUACUAACAAAUGUCAACAACGAGGGAGCAGCCCAUCUUCAGCACCAGGGCCCACGUUUUCCAAAUCGACCCGGCCACCAAGCGGAACUGGAUCCCUGCCAGCAAACACGCCCUGACCGUCUCCUACUUCUACGAUGCCACCCGCAACGUGUACCGGAUCAUCAGCGUGGGGGGCACCAAGGCCAUCAUCAACAGCACCAUCACCCCCAACAUGACCUUCACAAAGACCUCCCAGAAGUUUGGGCAGUGGGCGGACAGCCGCGCCAACACAGUUUAUGGCUUGGGCUUUGCAUCGGAGCAGCAUCUCUCCCAGUUUGCAGAGAAAUUCCAGGAAGUGAAAGAAGCGGCGCGGCUGGCGCGGGAGAAGUCCCAGGACAAAACGGAGCUGACCAACCCUGCCCUGAGCAUCACGUCCCACCAGGUGCUUCCCAGCCCCAUCAUCAGCUCCAAUGGACCGGGGGAAGACAAGCUGUUCCGAAGCCAAAGUGCUGAUGUUGAGAUAACGACAGAGAAGGAGCGCCUGAAGAAGAUGCUUUCGGAAGGCUCCGUGAGCGAGGUCCAGUGGGAAGCCGAGUUCUUCAGCCUCCAGGACAACAACAACAAGCUCGUGGCUGCUCUGCACGAAGCCAACGCCAACGUGGACCAGUGGAAGAAGCAGCUGGCUGCGUAUCAGGAGGAGACAGAAACGCUGCGGCAGCGGGUAGCGGAGCUGGAGUCACAGGGAGCUCACGACUCCGCUGGGGAGAACAACAAGGAGGAUCUGAGCCAGACGCUGGAGGAGCUGGAGCUGCUCAUCAAGACGAAAGACGAGGAAAUUCAGAUGCUGAAGAGCCAGAAGUGCAGCCGGUGGGAAGCGGAGGGUGAGCGCGAGGAAACGCUGCAGAAGCUGCAGGAGCUGGAGAGCCGCAACGCGGAGCUGGAGCGGCGCCUGCUCCAGGCCGAGCAGACGCUGGCCGAGACCCUGGCGGAGCGGGAGAAGAUGCAGAGCGAGGUCCUCAAGGCGGCCGAGAUCAUGGACGUGAAGAUCUUCGAGCUCAGCGAGAUCCGCCAGGGACUGGCCAAGCUGGUAGAGAGCAACUGAGAAGCGGCACCCG